CAUCCCCUUCAAUCCUCAGAUGUUCCUUGGUCCUCAGAGACGAAGGUAGAGACAGAGAGAGUCUCGCAGGCACACAUCAGUCAGUCUGUGGGAGAGGGUAAGAGUGAAAGAGUGAGAGAACAAGUCCUGGAAUAAGGAGAAAAAGUUGGACCACAAAAAGGAAAGAGAAGAGAAAUUCAGAAGAAAGUAAAAUAAUCCCCUAGCAAAGGUAAAGGCCUCUACCUGUUUGAUCACACUCCUUCGUCAGUGACAGCACCUACCUGCCAUAACCAUGGGUGACUUGGAACAGUUGCGCAAGGAGAUCAAAACCCUUAAAGAUCAAAUUGCAUCGGCACGCAAGACUGCUGCGGACACAACCCUGGACUCCGUGGCGUCUGGGUCUCCAGAUAUUGGGCGCAUCCAGCCAAAGACCAGGAAGACACUAAAGGGUCACCUGGCCAAAAUCUAUGGCAUGCACUGGGCCACUGAUUCCAGGUUAAUGGUCAGUGCUUCCCAGGAUGGCAAGCUCAUUGUGUGGGAUGCCCACACCUCCAACAAGUUGAAUGCCAUCCCCCUGAAGUCCUCAUGGGUGAUGACAUGUGCUUUUGCACCCUCUGGAGAGCUGGUGGCCAGUGGGGGCUUGGACAACAUGUGCACGAUCUACAACCUGAAGGGCAAAGAUGGCAACGUCAGAGUGAUGAAAGAGCUGGAUGCCCACUCAGGUUACCUCUCCUGUUGCCGCUUCUUGAAUGACAAUGAAAUCAUCACCAGCUCCGGUGACACCACUUGUGCCCUGUGGGACAUUGAGACCGGCAAGCAGAAGACAGUCUUCGUGAACCACCUGGGGGAUUGCAUGUCCCUGGCCUUGAGCCCAGACAUGAACACAUUCAUCUCCGGAGCCUGCGACAGCCUGGCCAAGCUGUGGGACAUCAGGGAUGGAACCUGCAAGCAGACCUUCGAUGGCCACACCAGCGACAUCAACGCCAUUGCAUUCUUCCCCACCGGCACCGCGGUGGUCACGGGCUCUGACGACUGCACCUGCAAGACGUACGAUCUGCGCGCCGACCAGGAGCUGACCACCUACAAGUCCAGCAGCAUCAACUGCGGCGUCACUUCGCUGGCCCUGUCCGUCUCCGGCCGCCUGAUCUUGGCCGGGUACGAUGACUUCAACUGCAACAUCUGGGAUACCUUCAAGGGAGAGAAAGUUGGAGUGUUGUCUGGUCAUGACAACAGAGUGAGUUGCACAGGAGUGCCCCCUGAUGGUAUGUGCGUCUGCACAGGAUCCUGGGAUAGCUUCCUGAAGAUCUGGAAUUGAGUUGGUCCUCCAGAAAUGAAGUGAGGAUGAGAGAGAUAGAGCAAGAAAGAGAAAGAGAGGGAAGGGAUCAAGGUAAUGGAGAAAAUGAAACAUGUCCAGAGAAGUCCUUCUGAAGAAGCAGAAUUGGACUCCUUAGAAAAUAUUAAUUGCAUCUGAAACAGCACAAAGAUGCAUUAUACACCAAGGUUACAUUGCUAAGAACACCAAUAUUUCACCAAGGACCAUGGAAAAUAGUGAUAAGUAAUAUGUUAAACAUGAUAAAUAUGCUCUUAUUGUAUUUAUGUAAAAAUAUUAUUUUGUUGAUAGGUUUUUGACAAAACUGAGUGAAAGCAUACAUACAUACAGAAUCAAAAUGAGAUUUAGCACUACUGGUUUUGUCUUUUUUGUCUUUAAGAUCUUGGAUUGCGAUUUAAGAUUCUACCCUCCCAGUAGCUAAGUGGUGCUAUAUUUGUUUGUAUAUUUUUAGUAGAUUAAUUAGGAUGCAGAACUGAUGUACAGUACCAUUUCACCAUGUAUCCACUGGUGGGUGUGCAUAUGGUAUACUCACUCUUUCAAAAUCAUUCUUUAAAAAAAAAAAGAUGAGGCUAGAAGUGACUUUUUCCCACUGUGGUUGGAAUAAUGCCUCAUACAGCUACAUCUAUUGAGUGAAUACUGGUGCUGUUACAUUGUCUGACGUUGUGUGCAGUGCAAAGCAAUACACUAUAGCACAUUGCAUUGUAGCUCUUUUUUCCUUCAAGCAGCUACACUGUACUGUUCUGGGUAAUGUACUGUAAGGAAAUGAAAUGUAUGUCUUGCAUAAUAACCACAAAUGUAUGAAACACACCCCCUAAAUGCUACUUUUCACAUCUCCAGGCUGAUUGUUAAUAAAAAUGGUUGAUUGAAAAUACAUUUCUAAUAAACAUAGAAUUCUGCAAUGAA